AUGAAUAAUCGUUCUCAUAAAAAUGAAAUUAAAAAAAAAAAGGAAAAAAAAAAUGGAAAUAAAGAAAAUGAGAAUAAAAAGAAUAUGGAUAAAAUGAGUAAUGAAGCGGUUUUACAAUCCCGAAAAAUGAAAUAUACAUUUUGCUUUCUUGGAUGCUUGACCAUAUGUGGAUUAAGGAAUUCAAUUGUAAGAAAAAUGGCUUUUUCUCCACCAUCAUUGAAGGGAUAUAUAAUUGAGAAUAAUAAAUUUAUAUGUAAUAAUAUUAGGAGUAUUGAAUUUUAUGAAGCAAUAAAAAGAAAUAAUAUAGAAAUAGAUUUUAUAUUAAUAAAAAAGCAUUUAAAUAAAAUAGCAAGUAUAUUAAUUUAUAGAAAACCAUUAAAUUUUAAUAAACAAAUAAUUUUAUUUUCUCAUGGAAAUAGCACAGAUAUUGGUCAUAUAUGUCUUUUUCUUUUGAAUUUAGUUCUUUAUAAUGAUAUAAAUUUAUUGGCUUAUGAUUACAGUGGAUAUGGGUAUAGUAACAAAAAACCAAGUGAAAAAAAUAUAUAUAAAAAUAUAAAAAUAGUAUAUAAACAUUUAACGAAAGAGUUAAAAAUAAAUCCCCUAAACAUCAUUGUAUAUGGGCAUAGUAUAGGUACAGCCUGUAGUUGUUAUUUGAUUAGUUUAAAAAAAGUAAAAGUUGGAGGUUGUAUUUUACAAUCUCCUCUUGCUAGUGGAUUAAGGUUAUUAAUUCCUUAUGAAAACCAAAAAGUACCAUGGUUUGAUGUUUUUAAAAAUGUAGAGAGAUUAAAAAAGAUAUCUCUUUUACCUAUUUUUUUAAUGCAUGGAAAAAAAGAUAAGCAAGUUCCUUUUAAUCAUGCGGUUUGCUUAAUGAAUAUAUUAAAGGAAAAUUUUGAAAAAAGAAAUGUCAAAAAUAAUUCAUUAAAGAAUUUUGAAGAAAAGAAAAAUUCAGAAAAUCUGUCAUUAAUUAAUUUUUGGGCUAUUGAAGAUGCAGAUCAUAACGAUAUAGAAGAAAAAAAUACUUUAGUUUUUUAUCAUAAAAUAAAAGAAUUUUUACUACUAUGUGAAAAUUAUAAUAAAAAUAAAUAA